AUGAAGUAUAAACCACAGAAGAUUGAAUUUAAUACUCCAACAGAGUUAACAAAUGUUCAAGAUAAAAACUAUACCGUAAAUAUAUUCAAUCGUCCAAAGAUAUUAAAUUCUGGUAAAGAAUUAAUUAACGAUGAAGAAGAUGGAUUGCUUUACACAAUUAAAUUCGAUAAAGAAACAAACAAACCAAUCAUCUCAUUAUUACAUAGUACUGGUACAAGUGAUACUGCUCUCAUUCCGACUCUCAAAUGUUUAAUCGUUCCAAACAGAGAAAACAUGGAUAAACCCAAGAUUAUAAUUAACUCUCAUUCCAAAGAAAAACAAUUCAAAUUAAUUCUCGAUACUGGAAGUAAUGUUAGUUUAAUCAAUAAGAGGUUGAUUUUAAAAGAUAUGAAGAACCACGUUCUAGAACAUUCGAAGAAUAAAAAAAAAUUUUCAAAAGAAAAGUAA